AAAAUUUUAUGUACUUUUUCCUACUCCAAUUUUGUUUCUUUAUCUUACAUGUGUAAACUAGAAACAAACUAAUGUCGGAAAAUUUUUCACAUAAGGGAUUUUAGUGUUAUUAAGUUUUUAGUUAGAGUGUUUUUUUUAGGGUUUUGUUCUGUUACGUCGUAUUUGUCUUCCGGUUUGUAGAAAUGGGCAUUGACAUCAACCACAAGUAUGACCGCAAGGUCAGGAGGACAGAACCUAGGUCUCAGGAUGUCUACCUUAGGCUUCUCGUUAAGUUGUACCGGUAUUUGGCCAGGAGGACGAAGAACAAGUUCAACCAGAUCAUUCUUAAGAGACUGUUCAUGUCCAGAAUCCAUCGCCCUCCAAUCUCAUUGUCACGCAUUACGCGUCACGUGAAGAAAACUGGCCGUAAGGACUUGAUCACGGUCGUGGUUGGGACUGUCACGGAUGACCAGAGGAUUUUCAAGAUCCCAAAACUGACGGUGUGCGCCCUGAGAGUGACGGAGAAGGCCCGGGCUAGGAUCCUGAAGGCUGGCGGAGAGAUCAUCACAUUCGACCAGCUGGCUCUGCGCUCUCCCCUUGGAAAGAAGACUUUUCUUAUCCAAGGUCGCCGCAAGGCUCGCGAGGCCGUCAAGCACUUUGGCCUGGCCCCGGGUGUGCCCCACAGCCACACCAAGCCGUACGUCCGCUCCAAGGGACGCAAGUUCGAGCGGGCCCGUGGUCGCAGGCGCAGUUGCGGCUACAAGAAAUAAACAUGUGCAAGUGGUGUGCAUUUGUCAUCUAUGUAAUCUGUGGGUUUUGUGCUGAAAGUAAUAAACAGCUUUAAGUAGGA